CCACUCAUGAUUCCCUGGUUGUAGUACUGAACGCCGGCCAUAGUACUCUGAUCAAGUAAUCACUCUUGCAGUAGAUGUGAGGCCAUUGCAAAGCCAGUUUCAUCAAAGUUGUAGAUAUCUUCAUUGAGGAUGCCAUACUGCUGAAUUGUAGCUUGUAUAGCAUCAAACCACCCUUGAAUAACCUUUACUCUUCCUCUUCUUCCCCAUAUCCCCUAUCCGAUCAUGAGCUCCCCUAUCCAAAUCCUCGCCCGCAAUCUGCAUGCUGCUGCUACCGCCCCAUCUGAGGAUGGAGAAGGCGUAUAUCUCGUCCACGAAGACGAGGGCAGCUUAUCGCAGCAGCUUUGGGUCGAUAACGAGCCUGGUAUGAACACCUUUAUUACCGAAGGUAUUAAGGCCAAUACACCUGUAUUGUACCUUGUCAACCAAAAUGAGGUAAAUCUCUUCGCCAUGUCCAUUCCAAGACCUGAAGCGCUCAUUCUGCUUUUCUUCUAGCGGCUUGUGCUCUACCUGGGCAACUCUCAUCACCUCAAAUGAACUGCCUACAAUGAUGAUAGACGAUAGUGAAGAUUGGGAGGAUCCCCCUUGAACGACAUACUAGGUCAGAUCCAGGUGAGCCCUUGCACCCAACUGAGUGGAUUUUCCAGUUCCUGGCAUAAAAAGUUUGAGUGGCAUAGGGACACUACCAGCAAGAAUCUCGCCUUCUGGCCCCCUCGAGGAGGUUUCGAGCAGUUUUCGUAACUCCUCCAUUGGUGUAUUCGGUGUUGGCGCGACUGUAUUCGAUAGGAGAGGCCGCGACCGAAAGGAAAAACAUAAGAAGCCUCAGAUGAAAAUGUAGUGGCCUAAGAGGGUAGCAGGGAGGGUAGCCUAAGCUGAGAUUCAGAUUAGGCCACACCCACCCUGCUCCGAAACACAAGGAGAGCACUCUGCUCGAAAGCCCUGCGCAUACAGGCGGUCUGGGGCGAGGGAAAGGAUCAGAAAAAUUAUAGAAGG